AUGGUGAAGGACCAUAAUACCUUGAAACCAUUUGCUGCAUCUUUAAGUGGUCAAGGAACUAUAUGCUUUAUCACCUGUCAAAGAGAGCAUGCUGCUGAAAUUUUGCACAAAGAGACCUCAUCCACUAGAGUACAGGUCAGUGUUGUACAAGUUUUAUGUAAAAGAAAUCAAGAUCAUCACCCCUAUAAAGUGAUUGAUGUAACACCUCCGUCGAGGAACUUAGGGGUCCGCUGCUUUCCUUCGAAUAUGCAAUGCGGUGAAUGUGUGACUAUUGAAGACAAAGCUUACAUUGUGUCUGCUGUGACAUAUCGUUAUCAGCUUCGCAAGGGAAAAUAUGAACCCAGCGAGAAGAGAUUAGAUGUACAGUCAACUGGCCGAUAUUUGUUAAACAAUUAUCUCGAGAUGUUAUUGGAGGAGUCCUGAUAUUUUGAUCAAUUAAUUCAUUCUAUUGCGUGCUUGAUAUAAUAUAACUAAAACCCUAAAAGUAAAUGAUGUCCUUGUAAUUCUUAUAGUUUAUUCAAAAUCUCACAUUAAAGGUAACUUCAAUUAAUUAGUGAGAUAA